AUGGCAUCUCGGCCGUUGGAAACGGACGAUCAUGAUGCUGCUACUACGAACCGCAAUGGCUCCAACGUGGGGAUAGAAACGGGACGGCGGGGGGAAGCGGAGGAAGUACGGGGAAAGAAGGGGGGCGGCGUCUCGGAGCAAGAGGAGAAGGCGCAACAGCAGCAGGAUGAGGAGAAAUUAGGAGGAGAGGAGGAGGAGACAGGGGUGCGACAUAUUCUCUUCAACAUCGCAUCGUCUAAUGCCAGCUUCUCGAAGCGCGUGCGCUACCUACGCGCGUGGUGGCGGUCCGGGAACCACGCAGACUCCGCCUCUUCAGAGUCCGAUGCUCCUCUUCGCGGCUACGUGUGGAUGGAUGACGUGGCGCGUUUUUCCAAGGCGCUCCGGUGCGGAGUGGGCGGCACCCCCCCUGUGCGGGUGAGCAGCAGCACGGCGCAUCUGAGUUACCGGGGGGUGGCGCUGCGGGAUUAUGUGCGCAUGGCGCGGGUCGUCGUGGACGCGUACAGGCUCGGCGAGAAAAACGUGCGAUGGUACGUGAUGGGCGACGACGACACCUUCUUCAGCCCACACGCGCUAGCAGCCUUUCUCCAGCAGUACGACCAUCGCGCGCUGCUCUACCUCGGAUCCACGUCCGAGACGCACAUGCAGAACGUCGACUUCACGCGCACCAUGGCGUUUGGCGGCGCGGGGUUCGCCGUGUCCGCGGCGCUGGCGCGCGCGCUGAGUGCGGGGGACGGCAUGGACCCGUGCCUGGAGAGGCAUGCGAAGCUGCGGGGGAGCGACGAGCGCGUCGCUGCUUGCAUCGGCGAACUGGGAGUGUCUCUGACUGUGGCCCCCGGCUUCCACCAAUGCGACUUGCACCACAGCCUAUUCGGUCUGCUCAUGUCGCACCCGGCGCAGCCCCUCCUCUCCCUCCACCACUUCGACACAGUGGACCCCAUUCUAAAACCCGUUGGGAUCAAGAACAGGGCGCAGGGGCUUGCCACGCUGGCAAAGCUGAUAAGGCCCGACCCGGUCGGGUUUGCACAGCUGGCAGUUUGUGGAGACGGAGCCAACUGGACAGCAGCCAUUUCGUGGGGCUUCGCAAUCAAGAUCUACCCCGGGGAGCGGCAGCUGUCGGAGUUGGAGCGGGCAGAGCGCACGUUUGAGUCGUACCGGUGGAACAAGCACGCCCACGCCUUCAACUUUGAUACGCGCCGCUGGGAGCCUGAUGCGCCUGCAUACAGGCCGUGUGCGCUGCCUUUCACCCUGUAUGCCACUCACGGGUAUGAGCAGCGAGAGAGGCAAAGAGCAGAUGCCUGUGGUGAGUGUGUACAACCGCACACCACUCGGAAGCACCGCACUCGACCGCUCCCACUGCCCUCUUUUGAUCUCCAGAGUGACAACAGCAUACGUGAUCAGGCCAGAAGGGCCUAUGCGGAUAGGAAGUGGUGUUGA